AUGGCUAAAAGUCCGUUUUGGAAGCAGCGUAUUAUUCGUUCCUUGGUGACUAAGAAUUCUUUAUCGCUUAUUUGUCUUAUUGAAACUAAGAAAGAGAGGUUUGAUAAUUUUUUAGUUCAACGGCUUUGGCCAAACAUGGAUUACGAUUUUUGUUUUGCUCCAUCUUCUGGAGCCUCAGGCGGUAUUAUUUGUAUCUGGGAUAAACAGUGGAAUACUGUUUCUGUUCGUCUCAUUUCUAUUUAUGCUAGUAAUUGUGCCCAUGAGCGUGCUGCAUUUUGGCCAUCUGUUUUGGAUCUUAUUGUGCAGGAUAAGAUAUGUUUUCUUCUGGGAGAUUUUAAUGAAGUUCUUGACCCCUCAGAGAGAUUAAACUGCACCGGCUUCUCGCAGUCUAUGCAGUUAUUUUCAGAUUUCAUCUCGGCUUCCUCUCUUAUUGAAUCGCCUCUGCAAGGUCGUUUCUUUACUUGGAAGAACUCUUCUUCGAGAUCGAAGAUUGACAGGUGUUUUAUUUCAGCUGAUGUUAUGGUGGAGUGGCCGAAUUGCUCCUUAUCUGGCUUGCCCAAGAAUUAUUCUGAUCAUGUGCCGCUUCUAUUUCGAUCAGAGGUUAAAUCUGAUUGGGGUCCUAAGCCUUUUAGGUCAAUUAAUGUUUGGUGGGAGCAUAAAGAUUUUGAAUCUUUUGUUGAGACCUCUUGGGAGAACAUUAAAGUAACAGUUUCUGGUGAUAUUGUCUCCAAGCUUCGAGAACAUCGCAACUUGAUCAAAGGAUGGAAUACCGCUGUUUUUGGUAACUUAAAUGGGAAUUUGGAUGUGAUUCACCAGGACAUCCACGCAUUAGAGUCAUUAGCUGAUUCUUCGGUUUUAUCAGAUGCUGAUGUAGAACGCCUUUCAUCUCUGCAUGCUGAGAGCUAUCGCGUUUCUAAGCAGUUGGAAUCGCUUUGGCAUCAAAAAUCAAGGGUCACUUGGAAUCUUUCAGGUGAUAGGAAUACUAAAUUCUUUCACUCUAUUGCUUCGGUCCAUUCCAAAAGUAAUUUUCUUUCUGAAAUUACUGUGGAUAAUUUUACUGUUACUAAACCGAUGGAUGUCAAGGCGAAGAUUUUUGAAUUUUACAAGAAUUUUUUUAGAAGGAAUUCGUGCGCUCCUUUCUCCCUUGAUAGCUUGGCUUUGCGUAGCCUCUCUAGCUCUGAUGCUUCGGUUUUGAGCUUGCACUUUACAGAGGAUGAGAUUUUUAGAACUUUAUUAUGCUGCGACGAUAAUAAAGCUCCAGGUCCAGAUGGGUUCAAUUUUUUCUUUUAUAAGAAGGCGUGGCAUAUUCUGAAGUUUGACAUUCUUCAUAUUUUUUAUGAACUUCACAGGACGGGUACUUUCCCCUCAGGUAUCAAUACUGCAUUUCUUGUCCUUAUUCCAAAAGUUAGGGGAGCUUCUAAUAUUUCGGAAUUCAGACCUAUUUGCCUGAUAAAUGGAAUUUUCAAAUUGAUUUCAAAGGCGCAAGGAGAAGCUUUUUGUUUUAGUAAGUCUUUCUUUGAUUCUUCUCAACUUUCAGUUCUUGUCAAUGGUAGUCCGACUAAGAAUUUUACUAUGGGAAAAGGGGUCAGACAAGGUGGUCCUUUAUCUUCUAUGUUGUUUGUUCUUGCUGUUGAAGGUCUUAAGGCUUUGAUAAAUGAAGCAGUCGGUCUCAAUUUGUUAGAGGGUGUCAGAAUUUAUAAUUAUGCUGAGCCUAUUUCUAUUCUCCAAUUUGCGGACGACACUUUGCUUUUCAUUCCUGAAGAUUUCGAAAAGAUUAGAAACUUGCUGCGAGUCCUUCGUUGUUUUGAGAUCGUUUCAGGCCUUUCGAUCAAUUAUCAGAAGAGUUCCAUUCUGGGCAUUAAUGUUGACGAUGUGUCUCUCUCUACUGCUUCGACUAUUCUCAAUUGCUCAAUUGAGAAGUUUUCUAUCACCUAUUUGGGUCUUCCUCUAUCGACUAGGCCGGUUACGGCUUCUCUUUGA